AAUAAUGGGAAUUUUGCUCCGUUUCAGGGUGGAAAGACUAGCUGGUGAGCGAGGAGCAACUGCUGGCAGGAUGGGGCACGAGCUGACGGCGGAGGAGAAGUAUCACCUGAUCACCCGGAAUUUGCAGGAAGUUCUCGGAGAGGAUAAGCUGAAGGCCAUCUUGAAGGAGCGAGAGCCGAAGAUCUACUGGGGAACAGCCACCACCGGGAAGCCCCACAUCGCCUACUUUGUCCCCAUGUCUAAAAUCGCGGACUUCCUCAAGGCGGGCUGUGAGGUGACCAUCCUGUUUGCUGACCUCCAUGCGUACCUGGACAACAUGAAGGCUCCCUGGGAGCUUCUGGAGCUGCGCACCCAGUAUUACGAGAAUGUGAUCAAGGCGAUGCUGGAGAGCAUUGGGGUCCCCCUGGAGAAGCUCCGGUUCAUCCGAGGGACAGACUAUCAGCUCAGCAAGGAAUACACCCUGGACGUCUACCGGCUGUCCUCGGUCGUCACCCAGCACGAUGCCAAGAAGGCUGGAGCGGAAGUGGUGAAGCAGGUGGAGCACCCGUUGCUCAGCGGCCUCCUGUAUCCAGGGCUUCAGGCACUGGACGAAGAGUACUUGAAAGUGGAUGCGCAGUUUGGAGGCGUGGACCAGAGAAAGAUUUUCACUUUUGCAGAAAAGUACCUUCCUUCCCUGGGCUACGCCAAACGCAUCCACCUCAUGAACCCGAUGGUCCCAGGAUUGACGGGAAGCAAGAUGAGCUCCUCGGAAGAGGAGUCCAAGAUUGAUCUCCUGGAUCGGAAGGAGGAUGUGAAGAAGAAGCUCAAGAAGGCUUUUUGUGAGCCUGGGAACGUGGAGAACAACGGGGUCCUGUCCUUCAUCAAGCACGUGCUCUUCCCGCUCAGAUCAGAGUUUGUGAUCCUUCGAGACGAGAAAUGGGGAGGAAAUAAAACCUACAGAAACUACGAAGACCUCGAGAAGGACUUUGCCGAGCAGGUUGUCCACCCAGGGGACUUGAAGAACUCCGUGGAGGUGGCCUUGAACAAACUCCUGGAGCCCAUCCGAGAGAAGUUCGCCAGCGCCCAAAUGAAGAAGCUGGCCAGCUCUGCCUAUCCCGACCCGUCCAAAGCAAAACUCCCUGCGAAGGGCCCUUUGAAGAACUCUGACCCUGAAGACGUGGUGCCGUCCCGAGUGGACCUCCGUGUCGGCCGAGUCCUCAGCGUGGGGAAGCAUCCUGACGCCGACACCCUCUACGUGGAGAGGAUCGAUGUGGGAGAGCCUGUGCCCCGGACGGUGGUCAGUGGCCUGGUGCAGUUCGUUCCUCAAGAGGAGCUGCAGGAUCGGCUGGUGGUCCUAGUGUGCAAUAUGAAGCCCCAGAAGAUGCGGGGGAUCGAAUCCCAGGCUAUGCUGCUCUGCGCUUUCAGCACGGGGGAUCCGUGUCAAAUAGAGCCUCUGGACCCACCAGCAGGUUGCCACCCCGGAGACCGUGUGUUUGUGGAAGGCUUCGAGAGCGGCCAGCCUGACGAUGAGCUGAAGCCCAAGAAGAAAGUCUUUGAGAAGUUGCAGGCUGACUUCCAGAUUUCUGAAGAGUUUGUGGCUCAGUGGAAAGGGAAAAACAUCAUGACCGGACUGGGCAAUGUCACCUGCAAAACUCUGAAAGGGGGUGGCAUCCGUUAAGAAGCCCCACCCUCACCACCAUCGUCUUUUCUUUUUCAUCCAUGCCCAUGGCUGCCCAAGAAUCGUCCUCUGCACUUCAUUGCCUGCCUGGCCCAUCAUCUGCACCUGGCCCAGGGAAUAAAUGAAAUGAAGCUGACUUGGCUGCCAGGCUCCGGUGCGGAUGGCCUCGGGGAGUUGGUCCGGAAGAAUGCCUAUAGCAACGGGAAGAGAUUUGGCAAGAGAGGGACCGUCGCAUUCCCCCCCCCCUCCCGAUUGAGUCACUGCUGGUGGAAGCGAGGGCAGCCUCUUCUCGUGAGCCACCCUCGGAGGAGAAGGCAAGCCGCACCGGAGGCCUCCCGCCCUCUUAAACGGGCUCCUCAUUUGCACCCGACUUCGAACAGAAAAUCCCGUCCGUUUCACAUUUGCUGCUUCUCCUGGACGUGGACCCAGGCCGGCACCCCCUGCAAGAGAGGGGCUUUGUUGGCACAGCCACGGUUAGGUUUGCCCAUCAUAAACCCUGAAUUCUAAAUCGGCACUACCUCCCCAAUAAAAUGGUUGCAUUCUGA